AUGUGCUUCUUAAGGCGAUCUGGGGCAUUAGUGAGCAGGAUCUGCUGGAGGAUGCUGCGCCAGGUAAUCCACAGAGGGCUCAAGUCAUCCUUCUACAAGCUGGGCUUAUUUAUCAGCAGGCACCCGGUGUUUUUCCUCACCGUACCUGCAGUCCUCACCAUCAUCUUUGGCUUCAGCUUCCUCAGUCGCUACAAAACCGAAAGUGACCUAGAAGCCUUAGUAGCCCCCAGUCACAGUCUGGCUAAAAUAGAGAGGAGCUUGGCCAGCAGUCUCUUCCCUCUGGAUCAGUCCAAGAAGCAGUUGUAUUCAGACUUGCACACUCCGGGGAGAUAUGGCAGGGUGAUCCUCCUAUCCAAACCUGGGGGCAACAUCCUGACGCAGGCUCAGCAUAUUCUCCAAAUCCACAAAGCUGUGCUGGAGAUGAAGGUGAACCACAAAGGAUACAAUUAUACUUUUUCCCAUCUGUGUGUACUUAGGAAUGAGGAUAAGGGCUGUGUGCUGGAUGAUAUUAUUUCAGUGCUAGAGGAUCUCAGGCAGGUUGCCCUCUCCAAUAAGACAGGAGCCAGGGUGCAAGUCAGCUAUCCCAACACUAAACUAAAGGAUGGAAGACAGAGCUUUAUUGGACACCAGCUUGGUGGUGUUGCAGAAGUUCCCAACAGUAAAGAUCAAAGAGUUAAAUCUGCCAGGGCCAUCCAAAUUACAUACUACCUCCAGAAUUAUGGCUCUGUGAUCCAGGACCAUAUUAGUGAACAAUGGGAGAGGGAAUUUUGCACACUCAUGCAUCAGCUGCAGGAGGAACAUCCAGAGAUCCAGCUAUACACCUUAACGUCAGUCAGCCUGUUAAAGGACUUUCAAAAGACCAUAGACCUUUCCAGAGGUACAAUUGUGGUGAGUUUAAUGCUGAUUCUUAUGGCUGCCACCAUUUCGAGCUCUAUGAAAGACUGCCUCCGUAGCAAACCUUUUCUGGGAAUAUUGGGAGUACUCACAAUCUGUAUCUCCAGUCUCACAGCCGCAGGAAUAUUUUUUGUAACUGAUGGAAGAUAUAAUUCGACUCUGCUGGGAAUUCCAUUCUUUGCUAUGGGUCAUGGGACAAAAGGAGUUUUUGAACUUCUCUCAGGAUGGCGCAGAACACGAGAAACUUUGCCCUUUAAGGAUAGAGUGGCAGAUGCAUAUUCAGAUGUUAUGGUCUCUUAUACAAUGACUAGCUCUCUUUAUAUCAUCACAUUUGGUAUGGGCGCAAGCCCUUUUACAAAUAUUGAAUCUGUCAGGAUUUUCUGCCAGAACAUGUGUAUCACAAUAAUCCUAAACUAUUUUUAUGUCUUCUCCUUCUAUGGUUCUUGUCUUGUGUUUGCUGGUCAGCUAGAACAGAAUCGAUACCAUAGUAUAUUUUGUUGCAAAAUUCCCUCAGAGGAAUAUUUGGACAGGCAACCAAUAUGGUUUCAGACCAUGAUGAGUGAUGGACAUCAGCAUUCCACUCAUCAUGAGCCAGAUCCUUAUGAAAAUCAUUUUAUUCAACAUUUUCUGAGAGAACAUUACAACGAAUGGAUUACGAACACAUAUGUGAAACCAUUUGUGGUUAUAUUGUAUCUGAUCUAUGCAUCAUUUUCAUUUAUGGGUUGUCUACAAAUUAGUGGUGGAUCGAACAUUCUCAACCUAUUGGCUAGUGAUUCCCCUAGCGUUUCUUAUGCACUUAUCCAACAAAAGUAUUUUAGCAACUACAGUCCCGUCAUAGGGUUUUAUAUUUAUGAACCUCUGGAAUAUUGGAAUUCAACUGUGCAAGAAGACUUGAAAACCAUAAGCUAUGGCUUCAACACAGAAUCUUGGAUUGAACAGUAUUACCAUUACUUGAAGGCCAGUAAUAUUUCUGCAUCCAAUAAGACUGAUUUUAUAAAUGUCCUUCAAAAUGUUUUUUUGCGACGGACAGAAUUUCAGCACUUCAAAAAUGAUAUUAUCAUUUCAAAAUCAAGUGAUGAGUUAAAUAUCAUUGCUUCCCGAAUGUAUCUUGUUGCAAGGACUAGUGAAAAUACUCAGAGAGAGGUGGUUGAGUUGCUAGAGAAGUUGAGACCUCUUUCUCUGAUACAAAGCAUUAAAUUUAUAGUAUUCAAUCCCACCUUUGUUUUUAUGGACCACUAUGGCUUAGCAGUGACUAUGCCAGUCCUGAUUUCUGGAUUCAGUGUUUUGCUAGUGUUGAUAUUAACAUUUUUCUUGGUCAUCCAUCCAUUGGGAAAUUUCUGGCUAAUCAUCACAGUCAUUUCUAUAGAGUUGGGGGUCUUGGGCUUAAUGACAUUAUGGAAUGUUGACAUGGAUUGUGUGUCUAUUAUGUGCCUUAUCUACACUUUGAAUUUUGCCAUAGAUCACUGUUCUCCUCUGCUUUAUACUUUUGUAUUAGCAACUGAGCACACCAGAACUCUAUGCAUACAAGAUUCACUCAAGGAGCAUGGCACCGCAAUUAUACAGAAUGUUGUAUGUUUUGUUAUUGGAUUGGUGCCCCUUCUUUUCGUGCCUUCAAACUUGACCUCCACACUGUUUAAAUGCUUGCUGCUGACUGGUAGUUGCACGAUACUGCACUGUUUUGUCAUUUUGCCUGUUUUCUUAACAUUUUUUCCACCAUCAAAAAAGAGACACAAGAAGAAAAGAAGAGCAAAACGGAAGGAGAGAGAAGAGAUUGAAUGCAUUGAAAUUCAGGAAAAUCCAGAUCAUGUGACUGCAGUUUGA